CACAAAGUAGGCGUUCAGUUUCUCCCUCCCUCCGUGGGUCAGCGUGGGCGGCCCCGUGUGGCAGGAGCAGAGCGAAACACGACACGCCGCCAAAGGAAGGGGGGCAGAGAGAGAGCACGAAGUGUCUGAGUGAGUGGAAAAAGUCUGAGGGAAGGAGAAAGAACAGGAGUCGGUACUUUUGUUCGCCUCUGAAGCACCGCUGUUGGACUGUUGCUGAGGAUGAGGAGGGUGAUGAUGAUGGUGAGGAGGAGGAAUCGACCAUGCGACAUGGCUGCAACAAACGGGAUGAACAUUUAGACUCGUCACAUUCCGUUGCUCCAGCUCUGAGCAGCACGGCUCCUCCAAACUUUGACCUGCGCCAUUCAGACCCUGGCGGCUGGAUUUCCCCCCCUCCUGAGACUCGGGGCAACUUUUCCGCACCAAAACCCCCGCAAGUGAACGAAAAUACUCCGGCGCAAAAGUUUCUGGGCAGGCGUAGAUGUGUCGCGUUAUACCGCUAAACUCCAUGCGAAGUUUGCGGCUGGUUUUCAAGUUGAAAGCGGAGCCCGUAAUCGGCGCAGGCUCCUUCUAACAAGCCGCCUGUGAGAACAACACCGGAGGAAGGAGUGGGGGUGUCGCUGCUAACUUCGCUAGCUAACUUUGCUAAGGGCUAGCCAACAAACACUCAAAAGUUGACGGGGAAAGUGAGCGAAGCGGCUGCGGCUCACCGAAGACGACCACAAAGAUGAAAACCCCGGCGGACACGGGGUUUGCCUUCCCAGAGUGGGCCUACAAGCCAGAGUCGAGCCCGGGCUCCAGGCAGAUCCAGCUGUGGCACUUCAUUCUGGAGCUGCUCCGGAAAGAGGAGUACCAUGAUGUCAUCGCCUGGCAGGGAGACUACGGAGAGUUUGUCAUCAAGGACCCAGACGAGGUGGCCCGCCUGUGGGGGGCGAGGAAGUGUAAACCGCAGAUGAACUACGACAAGCUCAGCAGAGCACUCAGAUACUACUACAACAAGAGGAUCCUACACAAGACCAAAGGGAAGAGAUUCACCUACAAGUUCAACUUCAACAAGCUAGUGCUGGUCAAUUACCCCUUCAUCGACAUGGGCUCUGGCCGAGGAGUCCCCCAGAGUGCUCCGCCCGUGCCGUCCGGAGGCACCCACUUCCGUUUUCCCCCCUCCACACCAUCCGAGGUCCUCUCAUCCACAGAGGAGCUGCGCAGCCCGGGAAUGUUCAGCAGCGUGGGCCGCCGCAUGGCCCGCGGCUCCGUGAGCGACUGCAGCGACGGCACCUCCACCAACUCUGAGCUGGAGGAGGCUGUGGGUGCAGAGGACAGGGUUGGGGGUCCUGAGAGAGCUUUCAGGAGUCUCCUUCCCCCCCGCAUGCCUCAUGAGUCUCUGUUCAGGGUCUACGGUGGAGCCCCAAAUCCUGGGCUCCCCAGACCUGCUCCCAGAGUCCACCCAGAGCCUCUGUCCCCAUUCCCCAUCUCACCCCUACCCGGCUCUGGAGGUCUGCUGGCCCCAACUCUCUCCCCAGCCCUGUCUAUGACCCCCACCCCUCACCUCUCUUACACCCCGUCCCCCUCCAUGUCGUCCCCCAUGUUGGGCUCCCACUUCUCCUUCAACCCGGAGGACAUGAAGCACUACCUACAGGCUCAUACCCAGUCCGUCUACAACUACCACCUCAGCCCCCGAGCAUUCCUCCACUACCCCAAUAUCGUUAUCCCACAGCCCCACCGCCCCACCCCCGAGAAACCGGCCGCUACACAUCACCUCCACGGCCCUCCCAUGCCGCUCUCUCAUUCCCUCAGUCAGCAGCCCGGAGGCGGAGAGGAAGGACACCAGCAUCCAUCGCCAUUCAAGUUCAAGCUGCAGCCACCUCCGCUCGGACGCAAGCAGAGGGAAGCGGGAAGCUCAAUGGCCGCUUCUUCCUCCUCCUCUUCCAGCCAGUCCUCCUCGUUUACAGGGUCCAGUCAGAUGACCAAUUCUCUGCUGAGCAGAGGGCCGCCUAAUAUCAAGGUGGAGCCCAUUUCAGACAUAGAGUCAGAAGAAGAUGUGGAGGUGACCGACAUCAGCGAGGAAGAUGAAAAGAAUCAUAACGAUGAGGACAAUGAAGGCGAUAUCUUCACACCGACAGCUGGCCACAACAAUCACUAUCAGCUAAACAACCAUCACCAGGCUAACGGAAACAGCAGCAGCCCCUCUGCUCCUCUUCCUCAGAACAAUAACCCCGACGAUGACCCCGACGAUGAGGUCUUCAAGACCCCCGCCACGCCUCCUAUCGGUGGGGGUGGUGGCCUGGCCUUCCCUCUGAUCAGUCUGAAGAGCGAGCCGGGGAGCCAAGCAGCUCCCAUCAGCCCCGGAGGCACGCGCUGCAUCCCGCUGAAACUUCGCUUCAAGCGCCGCUGGAGCAAAGACCAGAAGAUGGAGGCGGACGGAGAGAGGGACGAGGCAGAGGACAAGAAAGUGCGGGCUGAAGGCGAGGAGGAGGCGGAGAGAAGAGGAAGCGAGGUGGAGAACGGAGGAGGACGAGGAGAGGGGGUUAUUUUGGGGCUAAUGCUGCCGCCGCCUCCCACCCAGCGCAGAGCGAGCUCGGAGCUGCAGAGGGCCACAGCGCAGCUGUCUCUGGAGAACUCCGGCUGCUGAGCUCCACGCGUGCACAGGAUCUGACUUGGAGACAAGACCUCGGAUAGUCUCGUCGGUCCUCGCCAGCAGUAGUAAACGUAGCAGGAUUUGAUUUGACGCAAGAGUUCGUUUGAUGCUAAAAUGGAGACAAACGCUUAAAGGUUUAAUGCGCUUUGAUUUAGGUCUUCAGCUUCUAUGUGAACAUGCGUGUGUAUCAUAUGCAGGAAUGUGUGUUUUUGUGCAAUAAUUCGAGGAGUCGUUGGUCUUUUUCCUCGUACACUUCUUAAAUUGCAGAGCAAAAUAUUUUCCUUCAUAUGAAACACCAACAUGUUCAAAUAGAGAGAAAGAUUUGGCGGCUUUGUUUCCGUUUUCGCAUCGUCACGUCUUUUGGCGGUCAGUACUGUCAGCAGGUAGCUGCUCGGCAUUAUGAUGUAUGUAAAAGCUUGUGUUGCCUCUAAUGUACAGUAAGGCGAGACGCCUCGCAUCUCACCAGAUGCGGUGGACGCCGUCUCUCCUGUGACUCGAACACUAAGAGAUAACCAAACUUAGAUUGUACAUGGAUUUUUGCCCACUUCUAUUUCUUUUAACAUUAGAGUUCUGCAGAGAGGGCGUCUGCUCUUUAAUAUCCAUUUGCACACUGCCUCAUCCAUCCCUCCACACCCUCACA